CUCGAAUCCAGGGUGUCGCCUAGGGGGCUCUAUUCGAAGGCGACGGCGGUCGUCUGUGUUUCAGCUUCGAAUAAAGAUAAAAAGGGCGAACGCAGCUGCGGAUAGCGCUAAUCGCACUGCAAACUUUUCCCGAAAAAUAUAUCGUGUUUCCGAUCCCAAGAUCAGAAGUGGUUGGCAUGUUUGGGGACGCCGAAUAUUUGAAAUAGCUAAUAGUAGUUAGAAGAAAGAGUAAGUCGGGUUGAGAGGGGGAGCCAUUUUGUCCCGACUGAGAGAAAGAAAGUGGGGGGAACGGAGCUAAAAUUGGGAGGAAAAUAUUUAAAUAAAACGCCUUUCAAGGACAAGAGAAGCUCAGAUCCGGAAAGACUCCGUGCUGCACCCCGUGUUUUGUAGUUUCCGAGGAGAAGAGUUGUAUCGGUAGAUUGAUUUUUUUAAACGAUCCAUUUAAUCUUAUUGUGUGUGUGUGCAGUUCUUUUCUUUCGAUCGAGUCACUAUUUUAAAACGACCCAAACCCCACAAACCUUGAUUUAAAUGGCGAAGAAGACGUACGACCUGCUAUUCAAGCUGCUCCUCAUUGGAGACUCGGGCGUGGGAAAGACCUGCGUGCUGUUCCGCUUCUCCGACGACGCGUUCAACACCACCUUCAUCUCCACCAUAGGAAUUGAUUUCAAGAUCAAAACAGUUGAAUUACAAGGGAAGAAGAUAAAACUACAGAUAUGGGAUACAGCGGGGCAGGAGCGGUUUCACACAAUCACCACUUCCUACUACAGAGGUGCCAUGGGGAUCAUGUUAGUGUAUGACAUCACAAAUGCCAAAAGCUUUGAAAACAUCAGCAAGUGGCUGCGAAACAUUGACGAGCAUGCAAACGAAGACGUAGAGAGAAUGCUGCUAGGCAACAAGUGCGAUAUGGAGGACAAGCGAGUGGUACCAAAGGCAAAGGGAGAGCAGAUUGCAAGAGAACAUGGCAUUAGGUUUUUUGAGACAAGUGCAAAAGCAAAUAUCAACAUUGAGAAGGCAUUCCUCACAUUAGCAGAAGACAUACUUCGAAAGACACCCGUAAAAGAGCCCAACAGUGAAAACGUAGAUAUCAGCAGCGGAAGUGGAGUAACGGGCUGGAAGAGCAAGUGCUGCAGCUGAACAACUCCCUUCUCUCUCCCCUCCUCUCCUUUUUUCAGUUUCUAAACUCUGGAAAUAAACCACUUGACCCACCUAAAUCUAACCUCCUGUUUUCCCCUUUUCCCCCCUUCCCCCUCCCCUCAUUUGAAAACUUUAAUCUUCUUUUUGUUCUUCCAUUCAUGACUGCUUGCUGACAAUAUAAUUUUUAUUUCAAAAAAAUGUAUAGAUAAAAAAAGAAAUCAUGUCGUGUUUCUUGUCUCCUUUUUUUUUAAUGGAUACAAAAAAAAGUUGCUCAGACUCACCACUACAUUUAUUUUUAUUUCUGGGAUCAGUCAAAACUCCCGAUCAACCUCAAGACUCAUAAUGGUUUAGAAACCGGCAAAAAUAAAAAGUCAGAAUUUAAAAAAAAAAAUUAGAAUUAACAAUUUUGUACAAUAGUGGAAUUUCUGUUAUGUAUAACUGUAUUUGGUCAUUACCGUUUGUAUACACGUGUAAAAGUGACAAGACAAACACCUGUGUAGAACUUGCUUGAACUUUUCUAGGUGGGAUUAUUUUGUCCUGUGCCUUACAUGGAAUAAAAGGAGCAUAAUCUUUGAUGGUAGAGCCACGUCCAUGAUCGACCAACCAUUUAUAACUUCACAGUUUAAUAUUCAGUUCUUACUGCUUCUCCAUAACAGUGUCAGUAUAUGAACUUACAAGGAAGUGCAGAAAAGUUUGAAUUUCUUGCUGUCGAUUGAAGAGAAUCUUUUGUUUUUUACCAUGACUGUUUAUUUUACAUGUAUGGUUUCCUUCAAGUACUUCUUUGUGCUCUUUUCUUUGGAUUGGACAACCUUUCUGGGUUUGCCAAGAUGCUCAAUCAAAGGAAUAGCACUAAUUCACAAAGUGGGGGGGGGGUAAUGUUUGAAUAUUUCAUUGGAAAUUCAAACAGUUUUGCAGAUCCAUUAAAAUAAGCUUGUUUAUGUUAAUUGUGGUUUCUUUUUUAUUUGUAAGUUCUUUUUUUUAUUUUAUGGUUCAUUUAAGGUAGACUUGGAGGUUUUUUGCAUGUGCUAGUGCUGUGUUUUCACUGGGUUGAUGUUGCUCUUGUGACUCAGUAGUGUUUGAACAAGCUGUACAGUUUCUGCAGAAGCUGGGUCAUUAUGGAAAAUCAGAUUUUACUAUAUAGAGAACAUCCCACAGGAAAUUCCACGUAUCCUGCUGUAUUCACCACCUGACUUUUCAAAAUACGUACUACAAAGUGCUGAAAACCUAUGCAGAUACCUUAUUGAAUUUGCACUUUUUUUUUCUUGUCGCAUGUUUGGUUCCAUGUUUGGUUUACAUUGCAGAAUUUGUGAAACUUGACGGAAUUCUUAAUAGGCUAGUUAAAUCCUGUUAUAUUUCUGUAAGCAAAAAUUAAUCCUAUAACAUUUGUUACAGUCAUGAUGACAAUGACAUUUAGUUAAACCAAUACUUGGUGGUAGUAGUAAACUUGUGUUAAUGUUUGUCGAAUGGUUAUGGCCCAUAAGAUUUCAUAAAAUCGUCUCUUAUCCAAGGCGAUUGCUUUCCUCUUAAAACCAAAGAUGGACCCAAGGAUGAAUAGGAUUUGUGUUUUUGACAUACAAAGCAUGCUGCUCAGUGUUUUGUAAAUAAUGCACUGCAGUGUUUUGUUUCCUGUUAUAUCUGCACUUUCUGCCAUUAAAACUGUAAGGGAAUAUAAUUUAACUUAAUCUUUAGAGGCUCCUUAAAAUGUAUUGGGUUUCUGCCUUUUUUUUUUCUUAGGGCUAAAGCUUCUCUGUGUGUACAUUGGGAUCCUGUGUAGCAGCAGUGUAAAGACCAACAAGUCACUUGCAUAGAACCAUACUCUAGCCAUUUACUCUGGUACUGGAGACUAAGGGUUUAGUUUUAAUAUUUACUAAUAUGACUAAAAAUGUUAAAUAAACUGAAAUCUUUCUA